UUGAACGGAGCAACGUGUAUCAAUACAGUUGGUUCUUACAAAUGUCUGUGUAAUCAGUAUACUAACGGAACACGAUGCGAACAUGACAUCGAUGAAUGUAAACUAAAAUCCUGUCUAUGUCAAAAUGAUGGACAUUGCCGAAACUAUGUAUACCCACACAAAUACGUGCCGACUGGGGAAAUCAUUGGGUUUCUGUGCUUGUGUGCUCCUGGAUUUCAAGGGAAAUAUUGUGAAGACAAUAUAGACGACUGUGCACUUAAUAAGGAUCCUUGCGAGAAUGGUGCUAUAUGUAUAGACAGAGAAAAUGACUAUUCCUGUAAAUGUACCGCGGGAUGGCAGGGAAAGAACUGUGAUCAAGACAUCAACGAGUGUUCGUUAGGAUACUGUAAGAACAAUGGCACGUGUGUUCAUGGGAUUGGUCAUUAUAACUGUACAUGUUUAAGUGGUUUUAAUGGUACCCAGUGUGAGAAUAACAUCGAUGACUGUCCAUCCCAUGGCUGUUAUAAUGGUACUUGUAUCGAUGGUAUUAAUGAUUACACGUGUCAGUGCUACAGUGGAUUUAACGGGAAACAUUGUGAAAACGAGAUCAACGAGUGUCUUGAUAGUUCAUCGUGUUUGAACGGAGCAACGUGUAUCAAUACAGUUGGUUCUUACAAAUGUCUUUGUAAUCAGUAUACUAACGGAACACGAUGCGAACAUGACAUCGAUGAAUUUGAUGGUAUUAACGAUUACAAGUGUCAGUGUUACAGUGGUUUUAAUGGUGCCCAGUGUGAGAAUAACAUCAAUGACUGCCCAUCCCAUGGCUGCUAUAAUGGUAUCUGUAUUGAUGGUAUUAACGAUUACAAGUGUCAGUGUUACAGUGGUUUUAACGGGAAACAUUGUGAAAACGAGAUCAACGAGUGCCUUGAUAGUUCAUCGUGUUUGAACGGAGCAACGUGUAUCAAUACAGUUGGUUCUUACAAAUGUCUGUGUAAUCAGUAUACUAACGGGACACGAUGCGAACAGGACAUCGAUGAAUGUAAACUAAAUGCCAGUCUAUGUCAAAAUGGUGGAAUCUGUCAAAACUAUAAAUACCCACACGUUGAUGGCAAGCAAAUUAAGGGAUUUGAGUGCAUUUGUGAAAAUGGAUUUCAAGGUAAAUAUUGUGAAGAAAACAUCAAUGACUGUGCACUUAAUAGCCACCCCUGCAAGAAUGGCGCUAUAUGUAUAGACGGAGUAAAUGACUAUUCCUGUCAAUGUUCGACUGGAUGGCAGGCAAAGAACUGUGAUCAAGACAUCGACGAAUGCUUGUUGCGAUACUGUAAAAACGGUGCUACAUGUCACAACAGUCCAGGCUCCUAUAACUGUACAUGCCAUACAGGAUUCUUUGACACUGACUGUUCUUUAUUCACUGACGAGACUUGUCAAAAUGGAGGCACACUCAAAACUUUUGGUGACCACUUUAGAUGCACAUGCUUGCCAGGUUUUUCAGGUGCACUUUGCGACACGGUGAUCACUGGAUCUUCUACACAGCGUGAUGAUACAUCAAGUACCAUCACAUUCGCUAUAGUCGUCACUUUGCUGGUAUUGGUAAUCUUUCGCAUGGGAGCAUUCAUAUACUUUCGUCGUAGGAAACUGUUGAACCGAACCAAUAGCAACGAACAGCAGGUUUCAUCUCCAACGCCAUCUGAACGACCAGAAAGUUCUUCAAUGAUAAGACUUGAUGUCAAUCUACUAAUGGAGAAUUCAACAAAUACGACUCAAAGACGAACAGAUGAUGCACAGUAUAGCUACGAUGUCAUCCCCAAUCCACUAAUGCAUUUGAGAGGUAACCAGAUUGAGCAUGACAGCAAUGAUACAACCGCUGAACACGAAGUUCUAUCUCCAACCACCGACAAUAGUCAACUGUUUGAAGACGAAGAAACCACAGUAGUGUUAGACAGCUGUGAACCUCCUCCCUAUCAACAAGUAAUUUCUACUCAAAGAAGCUCAGACAAGAGCAGGGAUUAUCAAAGGCUGGAACCCUUAACCAGAGAAAAAUCAAAUGAACGCAAACCAACCAACUAUCAGUCUUUGAGCUCACCUUCAUUUCAUAUCUAUGAAGAAUUACAGCCUCGUGGCAACACAAACACAACAGACGAUUUUCAGUUAGUCAUCAACGCAGAAGACAAUAGAGACAAUAGACCUUAUCAGCCCAGCUAUUUUAGAAUUUAUAUAGAGGAAGAAGUGUGAAUUAACGCUUAUAUAUACUUAUAGGUGACACAACAGAAGCAUGCAUAGAAUUUUGGAUCCUUAUAUAUUCUUGGGGUUCAUUUUCAUAGAGAUUCAAUUAGGCCUAAGGACUAAAAAUAAAUACAAUCGGCGAACGCAAAUGUGUGCAAAUGACUCCAAAAAACUAUGGGUUUUGCCGAAGAGUCGCGAAGAUCCUAAUAAGUUCGAAAACACUGCGCAAAUAUCAAAUAUAAAAAUCCUUUAUUUAAACGUUUCUUUAUUAAACAUAAGCUUGAUAAAAUAUU